CGACACCUCACCUCAACGCUCCUUAUCCUUUCUCGCUUCCGCCCCGACCCUGCGACUUAAUCUGACCUCUGGACCCUCGUGCAGCACACACCACGCAGCACGAAGCUGACAGAACUUUCGUGUCUGCAACAAACAAAACAGUUUCAGAAUGGAAGAAGAUUUGCGAAAGACUAUCAUUAUGGUGGCUGUGUGCGGGUUCUGCAGCGCUUUGCUCAUGCUAGCUCGCCUCGCAAUGCGCAAGGUCAGACGGCAGGGGUUCAACCUGAGUGACUACCUCACCAUGGUAGCAUUGGCUUGCCUCGCCUCUCGUACUGCAUUCACCACGGUCGUUGUUCUGUGGGGAAACAACAAUUUGACGGCUGCAGAUCGAGCUUCGAAAUUGUUUACUGCAGUAGAAAUCUACCAGCGUGAGGUUGGAAGUAAAUUGACUCUUGUUAACAGGAUCACUUACAAUACCUAUAUUUGGAUACAGAAGGCUGUCGUGCUACUUCUCUAUCGACGGAUGUUGGAUGGCCUUCCACAACCCCAUCAUAUCAUGAACUUCUACUGGGCUUUUCUUGCUGUAACAUAUGUUGUGGUACAAUCAGUCACAUUCGUGGAAUGCCAUCCUUUCUACCUUUAUUGGCAAGUAGUGCCACCUCCCGGCAAAUGCCAGCAGGCACUCGUUCAGUUGAUCGUGUUUGUUACUCUGAACAUCGUGACUGAUAUUCUACUCAUCAUUCUCCCCAUGCCAUGGCUUAUCAGAAUGAAGAUAUCUCUCAAGAGGCGUCUCUCACUUGUAGGACUUUUUUCGAUUGGCUUUCUACUUAUAGCCGUUGCUAUUGCUCGUCUCCCAAUAUACGGAAAUGGAACGAGCCAGGUCAACCGUAAUACCUGGGGUUCUGUUGAGGAAUUUGCUGCAGCUUUCGUCGCAAAUGUGCCUACACUUUUCGCCCUUCGCCACCAACCAGCCACAGUUGACAACACAUCGUUUCACAACAACCGCCAUUCGGAGAUGGCAGGAUUUAGGAAUAUAUCAGAAGAAGGGAUCACGGUCACUCAUUGUAUUGAACUCCGGCGCGACACGAUUGGAAACUCGAAGGAUCCAGAAGGCUUAGAGGUCGUGUGUGUUGAGCAAGUUUGAAAGUAAUUAUUUAGUUCAUAAUAUACAUUCCGCUUAUCGAGUGGUAAUUUGUCACAUGUUUGUCAUUAACUAUUUGGAAAUGUAAUUGACAGUCUUAAAACCCAUACUGACACAAAAUGGUAUUGCAUAUCACGUAAAUGAAGUUGAC